AUGGCGCAUUUUGGAACACGUCAAAUACCUCAUGACUCUGAUAAAGAAAACGCGAUGGAUAUAAAUCUAGAUAAACAAGUAGAAGAUAAUGAACCUACCAGCUCAUCAAAAUACGAUAAAAUUCUUAAUAAUGAGACUUAUGAUCCUGACCAAGAUAAAGACGAAAAACGCUGGUUGCGCAGGGAAUAUCGGAAUCUCAUAUCUGAGACAGAAGAAAAACGCCAGGACUACUUAAGAUCAGAUUCCGAUGGCCUCGCACAUAAUAUAGCAAAGGCAAAUGAAUUGGUUCAAAAAGUUAAAAAUACACAUGAAGCCACUCUUGAUUCGCGCCUUCUCGUUUUAACUAGCGAUUUGGGAGUUCAGAAGGCACGUCGUAUGAAAUUGGAUAACAAUGCAUUUGAUGUAGAUGCCUAUAUAUCCAAGUUGAUUACAUUUAUGGGAGGAAGACAGGUUGAUGAUGAUAACGAUGAACCUGAUUUAAAUUGGAGUGCAGUUGGUGAACUUGCCUCUCAUCAUACUUUGCGUGUUCCAACAAUGGAAUUUAUUCUUGGCCCAUUGUCUGUUGAACAAAAAGAACGCGUGAGAGGAGUACGUCAAACUUUGUCAAAAAAUAAAAACGAUUUGGUAAUGCCAAAACAACUGGAAGAAAAGGAUAUUGAAAGGCAGGAGAACGAAACAACAAAGAACGUUCGGAAUAUUUGGAAUAUAUUGGCGGAAAAAUCGCCUAUUAAUUUUUUCGAAUUUAUCGUUAAUCCUGAAUCCUUUGGACAAACGGUGGAAAACUUGUUUUACUUAUCGUUUUUAGUACGUGAUGCUAAAGUAAACAUUGAUGAUGAUGGUGCAUGUUGUGAGCCACCAACUGGCGAUGAUUAUGCCGAGGGCUUGAUCAAAAAACAACUUGUCAUGGGAAUAGAUAUGAAUACUUGGAAGGAACUUAUCGAAGUAUAUAACAUCAGAGUAUCUGCUAUUCCAACACGACAGUCAUGUACGCCAAUUUCCGGAAAAUGGUACGG